AUGGACUCGGACAGAACCCCCCUUGAAGAGGACUCGUACCAUUGUGACCAAUGUGGGAAAACUUUCUCUCUCAAAUCUAGUUACAAACAACACGUGCGCAGCCACACUGGUGAAAAGCCAUAUCGCUGUGACCUGUGUGGGAACAGAUUCCCUUAUUUAAGCAGUUACAACAGACACCUCCGUAUCCACACCGGAGAGAGGCCGUACCAGUGUGAACAAUGUGGGAAGAGGUUCCGCUGCUCUGAUGAAAUGAAGCUGCACCAGCGCGCCCACACCGGAGAGAAACCAUACUGUUGCGACCAAUGCGGGAAGAGCUUCAGUCGGCGUAGCUACUACAUCGACCACCUCCGAGUCCACACUGGAGAGAAACCACACCGUUGCGAGCAGUGCGGGAAAAGCUUCAGUCGCUCAUAUACUUACAGACAACACAUGCGCAUCCACACUGGAGAGAAACCAUACUGGUGUGACCAAUGCGGUAAGACCUUCAGAAGUUCGAGCAAUUAUGCCCAACACGUGCUCAUUCACUCUGGAGGGAAACUGUACAGCUGUGAGGAAUGUGGGAAAAGUUUCUAUUACUCAAGUAGUUACAAGCAACACUUACAGGUUCACUCCGGAGAGCUUCCAUACUGCUGCGAGCAAUGCGGGAAAAGUUUCAGCCUGUUGAAGAGUUACAACCAACAUCUACGGACUCACUCCGGACAGACGCGAUACUGCUGCGAGCAAUGCGGUAAAAGCUUUUAUUACUCGAGUAGCUACAACCAACACCUGCUUGUUCACUCCGAUGAGAGGGCGCACCGCUGCGAGCAAUGCGGGAAGACUUUCUAUCAUUUAGGGACAUUCAAGAGACACCUGCGAGUCCACACCGGAGAGAAACUGUACAGCUGCUCACUGUGUAAGAAGUCGUAUGCCUGGUUGAAGUCCUUGAAGAAUCACAGAUGCAGUAAACUAAAUGAAGACAGUCCUGACUGUGUGUAAGAAAUAAUGAAAUGUGUUUCAAUAUUUAAUGUAAAUUAUUAAGAUUUCAUUCCAUACGUGGUCACCAGUAGCUAU